AUUAAAUCGUCAACGCGAGAAAGGACGGGCACGAACAGACACAUGGCAUACUGGUUCGGAGCCAUAGCCAUAUGGAUGAUAGGCAUUCUGCGCCAUGGCCGGCUCUACAACGCAUCCAAGUCAGCGAUCAAAGCAAGCAAGCAAGCACACCCCGGCGGCGCCAUCGGAAGCACGUUCUCGCAGCGCAAACGCAAACGAGGGGGGAAUAAGAGAGACGCUUGCCUCGGUACCGGAAUUAGCCUCGCACGGCGAAGGGACGGCAGGUAAGUUGGGGGAACUGGGCAGCAAAAAGGCCAGGGCAUUAGUACUCUGGGCGGCUUUCACCGCUCAUGGAACGGGCGGCCUCCAGCGGGACGUGGUUGUGGGCUGCAGUAGGCUGGCGUGCACGGCGUCCGGUGUGACGAAAGGGAAAAAGAAGGUGCUGAGGACAAGGCCAGGGUGCGGGUCGCGGAAUGCUGAAAGGCAACCGGUCGCCUUGUUGCCUGCUGGUAUUACUUCUCUCGCAUUCGUGCGAUGGCCAUGUCGCAGACUGCGGCGUGGCUAUGCUCGCUAGUUGCCGUGCAUCAGAUGACGCGCGGAGGCACAGAGAACGCUUUUCAGCUCUCAGCCUGCCGUGCUCGAACUUUUCGCCCGCCCUUGUUCCUGCAGCGUCCCCGCACCGUGGGGGCCAGAUCUUUCUUUUCCUCACCUGGGGGCUACUAACUGGCAGAUCAUCCCGCUUCGGCCCCCCGUCACUACGUAUGGCAACCAGGU